AUGCUUCCGCUAAUGGAGGAAUCACCCGUGGCCGACGAUAACGGCGGAUAUAGCGGCGGAUACAACGGCGGCAUGUUCGCUCAGCAGACAAGCCCCGCGCCUCCCUUAUGGACCUCCCUAGACGCCAUGCACGGGCUGGACCACGAAGCUUCUGGGUUCCUUCCACUGGACGCAUCCGACGGAGACGAAUCGCAGCAGCAGCAGCAACAGUCGGACUACACCCACCACCACAGCCACCAGCCGUCUGAUCAUCUCAACGUACGGCGAGAUCUUCUCGAAGACGAUAACUUCGGCAGCAGCGAGUUCGACCCGUCGUCAGCGGCGAGCGGAGCGGGGGAGUGUGUGAUGCUGUACCAGGACGCGCAGAGGGGGGAGGAGGAGGAUAUGGUGGGGAGCCUUAACCUCCGCAUCUCCCCGCAACCCGACGCGUCCGAUCUCACAUCGGCGCUUUUCUCCGAAGGCCAGGCGAGCAACAACGGCGGCGGGGCGACGCUCGGCGGGUCGUCGUGGCAGCUGUGCGACAAUUUGUUCGCCGAGCCGAUCGUCGACUGCGGCGAGCUGCUCUCCGGCGACGGCGACGGCGACGAUCUGCUCGCGGCUUCCGCGGGGCACGACGAGGCGGAGCAGGCGGACGGCGGAAGCGGCGGAGAAGAAAUGGAGAUGCGGGAUCCGGCCGCUGCGUAUCUCACGCCGGAAAAGGCGCCGCAGAUGCCGACUAGCUCAGACCCAGCGGAGGUGGCAACGCCGGGGUGUGACAAUAGCGAGGGCGAUUUCAGCACGCCGCAGGUGCCAAGCGCGGGUUUCUCCCGCCCGCGCAGCCGCUGCCCCACGGAGCGGGGACUGGCGCAAAAGGGCGCGCUCAUGACCCCGUCCGGCGGAGCAACGGCGCGCUCAACCCGCGAGAACUUGAUGCGGCGGCUGGGGCAGGCGGGCGGAGCGGUGGAGCCGUGGACCCCCGUGACCCCCGCGAAGGACGAGGCGGGGAAGCGUUCCCCCGACCAGCUUGCGCGCGUGGCGGUGUCGCUGGAUGCGGAACUCGGUCUGUUCGCGGACUCCCCGCCGCUGCUGUGGAACGGAGUGGCGCAGCAGCAGCAGCCCCAGGCGCAAGGGCAAUGCUUCCAGAUGCCCCAGUACCAGCAACAGCAACAGCAGCAGCAGCAGCAAGUGGCGUUCAGCAACGGACGAAUGCUGGAAGCGUCGAGUUCCCGAACCAUGCCUGCUGGCGCCGUGCAGAGCAUGCUUGGCGCGCAGCAGAAGCAGCAGCAGUACGGGGUGGCGGGUCAACAGCAACAACAGCAGGGCUUGGCGGGGCAGCACGGGUUCUGUGCGACGCCCGGGGAAGGCGCGCACAUGCGCGCGGACCCCGCGGAGGCGUCCGACAUGUCGCUCUUCUUCGAUAUGGAGCAGCAGCAACAACAGCCCCUGCCGUCGCCGCCGCAGCUCCAGCAGCCGCAGCAGUCCCAACAGCAGUACCACCAGCAGCACUACCAGCAGCAGCAGCAGCAGCAGCCACAGCAGCAGUACCAGCAGCAGCAUCAGAGCCGGGGGUAUCAGCAGAUGCAGCAGCAGCAGGAGUCGGACGUGGUGCGUGAUUUCCUCUCCUCGUCUCCAGACGGCGAUGCUGCUCUCGACAGCUUGGUUCUUGACGGCCUGCCGUGCGACAGACGGCUGUCCGGCCAGAUGAUGCUGCCCAAGGAUCUCGCAUCGUUGAUGAACGACGCUGACGUGGACGCGUCUGCCGCCACGUGGCCGCAGCCAAGCAACAACAACGCCGUGUCACCUCCCCUAAGUAACGGCUACAAUGCUGGUACCCUGAGCAUGGAUGCAGCGGCACCAGCUGCUACUACUGCUACAACUGCGUCGGCCGGAGCCUGCGUGACUCGCCCGCCGUCUGUCUACCCUGCUGCCCCCUCCUCCUCCUACCAAUCCUCCCACCUCCUCACCGCCUCCUCCUCCGGCCCUCUGCUCGGCUCCUCCGCCGGCCCUCCCCCGCCUCCGCGCGUUCUCUCCGCGCCGGCGCCGUCCGCGUCGUCCGCGCAGUCCGCUGCGCCCUUGCGCCUGACGAUGCCGCUGCUGGUGAUAAACCGACGCGCGCCCGUGCCCCCUGCCGCGCAGGCGCUGAAUCAGCCACUGAAGCCGCAGCAGCAGGCACCACCACGGGUGCCCCCCGCGUUUCAGCAGCCACCGCACCCACAGCAGCAGCAGCUGCAGCAGCAGCAGCCGCAGCAGUCGCAGCAGCAGCAGCCGCAGCAGUCGCAGCAGCAGCAGCCGCAGCAGCCACGCAUGCAGCAGCCGUCUCAAAUGCAGAGGCAGAACAGCCAGUCUCGUGGAUGCAGUUUGCCUCAAGGAGCCGUCGCUGCUCCUCCUGCACCGGCUCCCAAGCAGCCUGCUCAACGACCAACGUCGUCCGGAGGUACAAAGCGGAAAGCACAGGAACCAUCAAGCAGCAGCGGAAAGGCCACGUCAUCACGAGCCCAGCCUCCAGCAGUAAAGAGGAUCAAAUCUGAAGACGCCUGCGAGGCGACAACCAGGCAAGCUUCACCAGUUACUGCUUCUGCUUCUGCUCCAGCUGCAGCGGGGCCGGUUGAUCUGACGUGCAGAGAGCAGGAGCAGCUGGGAUUGGAGACUGGCGACGACAGUGAUGGGGUGGUGUUAAACGAGCCAUCAGUGAAGGGAUCUCGAACUCGUCCACCCCUCCUUCUAACCCUCUCUUACUCACCCUCACUCCGUUCUCCCUCUAUGUGCCCGCCAUUUUGUCCCUCACUCUCUCACCCCCCCCCCCUGGCUUUGCUCAACCCCUCUCACCUCCCUAUCUUGAAACAUCCCCAUCCCCUCUUUACAUCUCUUCAUUCCCACUCCUCUCUCAUCGCUCCCCAAUCUCUCCCCUCUCUCCCCCCUCUUCCCCCCCCUCUCUCCCUUCUCCUCCCUUUCUUAAUCACCAUUUCACAGUCGCCGGCACAGCCACUGCUUCUGCUUCUGCCAUCAGACCAGCCCUUUCUUGAGCCGAAGCUUCCAGGAAUCUACUCGCAAUUCUGUCCAGAGACUCAACGUCUCAAGACUCACCGCGCUGGUGAGGCCGCCCUUGACGGUCCUGCUGGUGCCGGCGCGCUCAUUCACAAACCGCACCAGCUCCACCAACCCCCGCUCCCCACUGUACUGCUCCCCCUCCCCAUCUGCCCCGCUGCCGGCUGGGAACCACUUGAGUGUGGGGAAGCCUGA